AGUUAAUUGUGAUCUGUAAAACCUUUUUGUACCCAUUUUCCGCCCCAACCUUUCAAAGUGGUAACAAACCGUUUUAAUAAAAACAUAAGUUCAGCCCCCCUAGUGAGCUCCAAAAUAUAAAUUAAUUCCUUAAUGACCUGAAGAAAGUUCACAAUAGACAGAGGUUGUUUUACAUGUGCAUUCGUUACAUAAUUACAUUAUUUCUUCUUCAUGCUAAAUAUUAGACAUGACAUAAUUUAAUUCCCCUCUCGCUUCCUGCGAACCGGUAUUUUACAUAAAAAGGACCAAUCACAUGAAAAUGCAUUUUACAUGACAGAUAACCCGUAAGAGAGAGCGCUAUAUUUGACCGGAUAUGUACGUUAUACGCAGUCCAAUUUAGUUAUUCACAAGCUCCAAGGGUCUUAAGAUGCGAACCAUUAUGUUUAGGAGGCACUGGCUAAUUGAAAUACCAGUCGAAUGCCAAGGGCGAUUCGAGCUUCGACGAAGAAUUUUCCUUGCGUGAGGAAAUUUUCGAUCUAAAACUGAAUUUUGCAAGUGUGAAGCCCAACUCGGUCUCUAAUAAGUUUCUAAAGAAAGGAAGGAUUCAAUAAUAUUAACAGAGACUGACUGAUGAUGGAAAGCUAGGACAAGUUAUCACCAUGGCUGUGGGUUUAGUUGUGGUGAUAGUGUUUAUGAUCGUGUCUACAGUCAUUGGGAACACUGCAAUCUGCUACAUUAUCUAUAGAGUGAGGCGUCUUCAUUCUCCUUCCUGUAUUUUCCUUGUGAAUUUGGCCAUCAAUGACAUUCUGGUGGCGUUGUUUCUACUACCAUUCAGCAUCGCAACCACGGCAAGUAAUUACGUUGUCGUGAGUAAAACUGGCUGCGACAUCAUUGGAUUCUUCCAACAUGCUACGAGCGCAGUCUCAGUUUUGACGCUUUUAUCAGUUAGCAUGGACAGGUAUCUAGCCAUACUAACUCCUCUGAAAUACAAAGGCUGGGUAACCCGUAACAGGACCGUUUUAUGCAUAUUCUUCAUCUGGUUUUAUGCGUUGUUAUCAGCGUGUUAUCCUCUUCUGGGAUGGAGUCGUUAUUAUGCUUUCCCUGGACAGUGGCUUUGCGAAUCCAAUUACCACAUAUCCGUUAGUUUUACAUACUUCAAAAUGACUACAAUCUACUUUAUGCCGCUGGUUUCUAUUAUUUUUAUUUACAUCAGUAUACUGCGAGUAGCUUUACGUCAUUCGAAGCAAAUCGCCCGCGAAGUAAAGGCAUUGCGUCAAAGGGAAAUGGCUGCAGUACUUGAGCCCGAACUUGGUGCACAAGUGUCAGCGGCGGUCAUAUCGGGACAAUAUUGCAUGCGCAAGCCGCAUUCUGCCCUCAGAGCAGAUAUCAAGACAGCUUUGACAUUGGCCUCGAUCGUUGGAGUGUUAUUUAUCGCCUGGACACCAUAUAUAGUGGUAAACCUGUGGUCCUCACACACAAGAAAUUAUGGGACGGAAUUACUACAGUCCAUUGUCUCUGGACUUUAUUACUCCACGGGAGUUAUAAAUCCUUAUUUAUACGGAUACUUGAACAGGAUUAUAAAAAGAGAAUUUAAAACUAUCUGGACAAAUACGCGCAGGUCUUUUUCUCAGAUCAGAGCGAACAAAAUCCAACAAGCGGAAAUAACAUCACGGAAGUCGUCUUAAUCUGAGGAUAUCUCUAUUCUGUUUGGAAAAAUUCUAAAUCAGCGUUAACGAUUGUUUUAUGCGGGGUGCACGUCCAUCGAUACAAGAAUCCCCUACGAAGUUUGGAGAGCACUCAAGAAGCUAGCGUUUUUUUCGGCUUCGCCUCAAGAAAUUCAUAAUGAACUCUCUUGCUCUUGCUCCCCGAGUAUUUCAUAUAUCGAUGAACGGACGCUGAAGUGUGAAAUACUUAUUUUGUAACAUUUUCAACGCGGUAAUUUAAAUGUUUUAGCCAAAGAAAUUCCCUCCAUGCAUUUCGCUUCAAUUUGGACGCACGCUUUAUCACAGGCCACCAAAGAAAUAUGAAGCACGCCAUUCAGAUGAAUAAAGCAGACUUUUCAAAAAGACCACCAAAGUUUUCGCUGGACAAGCUUUCCCUCGACAAGUGUCCUUGUUCAAAGUCCUUUCGUCCAGUCUUUGGAUGGGAGGAUUUUCCAAAGGAGUACUUUUCAUAUCAUAAAUUUAAAUUAGUUGCCAGGGAAACCUCGUCGACUUGAGAGGUAUAAAUGCAAUUUAGGACACUACUUAGGAGAGUCUGUACAAGAUCAUGUAUUAGACCUAAAUUAUCGGUUAAAAAUCUGAGAACAAAGUUUCCUGUCUAUAAUCUAUACUCAGUGCUCUGAUAAUUGUAUAGUAACUCCCCAACUAAGUAUGCUCAUAAGACCUUUAUCGAUUGUUUUCCCCUUUGGGAGUCCUCAGUCGCCCAUAAAUGUAAUUUUUUUUUUAAUGAAAAGACUGCAUUUUAACCUGUUUCUAAAUAUCAUUCUUUUUAGCUAGUUAUGCGAAGUAGAACUGUGUUCUCUUCUCUCCCAAAUUUUAUUUAAAUCUUUCUCCUACCCCAGCCCCCUCUCUCCUACACAUACUAAAUAUUUCUUAUGCGAGGCUAACUCAAGCAAGUUUUUUCUCCAUUUUGCUCACUUUUUUCCAUUUUUUUUAUUCAGUUUGCUUGGUCUGAACCGCUUUAAUUCUAAUUUUGGAGUCUUUAUUUGAUUUUUAUUUG